AUUGGAACCACAAUUUCCAUCGGCUAUAAUGGGCUCACCUAUAUAUGUCUAUAUGUGUAGAUGUAGGGGGUUCCUGCUGCUUCGCUCAAGAGGGAGAGGAUCUGCUACGAGAAGAAGAGAAAAAAAAAACCCCUAGUCUAUCAUCACAUCUACCACGACCACCAUCAUGUUGUCCACGCACAUUCCAUCCCUCCUCGUCGUCGUCCUCACAACUGCAACUACGCUCACGUCGGCCUCGCCCAUACUUCGCAUCCGCGACGAUGUGGCCCCCGCGGCCGCCACGAGCCACAACGUCUAUCUUUUAACUUGUAGCCCAACGAGUGGCCGAUGGGGGUAUUCGAGCCGCACCGUGUCCGCCGUGGGCUUCUUCGGCACGCCCAUCCAGAACAACAAGCAAAUCAUGGACCAGGUGGCCAUCCUCCGCAGCCCGGCCGCGUCGUGGGAGGGAAACCGGUCCACUGCCGUGUGGAAUGAUCUGUACUUUGCCCUGGACAUUGCGCGCGGCGCCGACGACCUGGGUGCGGGCGAGCUCGCGGGCACGGCGACGGUGGGGAGGGAGAACUUCGCGUGCUUCCGGGACGGCGAGACGACGAUUGUGAUUGCCGAGGGGGCCGGGUGGCCGGCGUCUGGUGGUCCUGAUGACCGGGCUAGCAAGAAGAGGCAGAAUGGAGGGGAUACGGCCGAGGCGUUGAAGGUGCGGUGUACGGCCGACUACUGGUGUGGGAGCGUGAGCUAGAUUGGGGAAAGGGUAGGGUGCAUUGGAGAAAGGCAGAAGGAACGGGGAUUCGUCUGUUCGGUUCGUCCUGUAUUGGUACCGAGAAUUGUAUGGAUUGCAUCUGUCCGUCAGGAUUAUUGUGCAGCAGGAACGGAAUUCAUUCGAAAACUUCAUGU